AGUUUGUGCGCGACUAGUCCUGUGUUUGCUGCACGCGCUGUGCUGGGCUGAGUCCAUCCGUCUAUAAUGGCGGGCCGCACCAUCCCGGCGCGCAUGAAAGGUCUCACCGACCUGCUGCGGACAUUCGGUUUGAAGCCUGGUUGCAGCGAGAGGGAGCUCAAGGCGGCGUACCUCAAGGCGGCCAAGAAAUGCCAUCCCGACACUACGGAGUCGCAGGGGCCCACGGACGACCACAUGAAGUUUGUGCAGGUGGGCAUCUACGACAUGGAUGUCAAGCGUCCUGUCCUGUCAUCUAUCUGGUGUCUGUCUGCCGGUGCAGAUGAAGGAAGAGUACGAGAGAGCCAUGUCGAUAAUGCAGGGCCGUGAGGCCGCCAGCACUUCAGCCUCACCGGAGAGCGGCCCGACCUCCGAGGCCCGCGAUGACGCCUGGCGGCAGCGCCACGACUUCACCCGGUCGCCCUUCGGGCAGUACUACACACACGGAGGCGGGGCUGGCGAGGGCUGGCACUCCCAGUACAGACCGGGCGAGUCAGCCGACCGCAGCCAACGGCGCCAACAGCGCCAACAGGAAAGGUCAUCCUUCCACAGCAGCUCCGCAUACCACGAGCGGUACGGCCACCGAUUCCACGACGAGUCCAUACCGCCAUUCCGCGCUAUUGUCAAAAUGGCCACCUUCUUCGGCGGGUCCGUGCUGGCGAUCUCUCUCUAUCGGUCGAUGUCUCGGCGGCGCGACAUGAGUGCCUAUGACCAUCAUGCGUACGGCUCAACGGCAAGUGAGGACAGCGGCGAGCCGUCUGAGGAGGAGGAGGCCGUGGAACGACUCGGGGAGAGACUGCCUUCGGGGUCGUCGGCCAAGGAGGAGCAACACACGGACACAGAAGUGAGGCCACCGCACAUCACAAAGAAUAUGUCCGUCGAUAUUGGGGAUCGUAUCGUUAUGCUUUUUGCAUUGCUGGCUGUGUGUGUGGAUGUGAUACAUGCAGGAUGAGCAGCAUGUCCACCACGUGUCCGCGGGGGCAGUCAACAACCCGCCACAGCCGCUGGGCACGACGCAUGCCCAGUUCAAGUGGCAGGCCCCGUCCAUCCACAUGCCCCUCGGCAACGCCAUGGGAUGGAUGCCCAUCUCAUCAAACACACCUCCACCAAGACAGGUCAGCACCAAUCAAUAUUCGAUCGGGCCACGCGCGUGUGUACCAUGCACAUGUCCGCCUGCCUGUCUGUCUGCAGGACUCUGCUGGUGCACCUGAAUCAGCCGAUGGCAGCGCCGAGGCGGUCUAUUCGGGUGAUGAGUGGGCAGUCCCGUCGCUCGGCAACACACACGCCGCCAGCGAUGAUUCUUUGGCGGCUGCUCCCCCUCCUCCUCCCCCCUCCCCCACCCCGGCGGAGGCCGCAGAAGUGCGCAAGAAGAUGGCACAGUACUACAGAAACAGAGUACGUAACAGUGACGGACGGCGGUGCACCUGAAUGAGUCCCUCCUUGCCGUCCAUCUCUGUUCCCACGGUGGGGCUGUCUUGGGGUGUGUUGUGUUGGGGUGUUUAGGCCAUCAAGGCCAAGAUCAAGUCGCCCAAGACGAAGAGAUACGACCCGCAGAAACACAAGCACACGGUGAGCGCGCAUGCCGCCACAACCAAUUCACUCAUCGCUGAGCCCACCAGUAGAUACGCUGUUUGUUCCGUCAGAAGGCGCCAUCCACUGCGUUUCACGAUGAGGAGGGCCACACGGAUGCCGCUGAGGCUACCGCUACCGACGAGCUGGAGGUGCGGGGUCACCACGAGGAGACCAGAUGGAUCGAGGGCAAGGGCGGACUCAGCGGCGGCGGCGUGCGGGAGGCCUAUAAGGACGAGAGCUUCAAGACUGGCGGCGCCUUUCAGCAGUUCAUCGAUGCCUUCUCCGAAUGGAAACGCGUCAACGAGAGGCUCCGGGAAAACACAAUGAGGCAGCAGCAAGGCCCCUCCAAGCCGCCUAGCGAGUUCGCGUGAAUGAACAUCGAUGUCGAGAGAGUAGAGUGAGUGGCCUCUUUAUGGCCUCGCAAGUCACUCACCCAGCUCGGAUGUAGAGAGAGAGAUGGGAUGCGAGUGUGGAUGGAUGGAUGGAUGUACAGUAGAGAGGG